AUGUCGGUGAUCCUUGCCUCUGCAGGUUUCGACCACACCAUCCGAUUCUGGGACGCUCUUACUGGGGUGUGCUCGCGCACCAUCCAGCACACGGAUUCCCAGGUCAACAGGCUCGAAAUCACCUCCGACAAGCGCUUUUUGGCCGCCGCAGGAAAUCUAUACGUGCGUCUCUACGACAUCAAGCAAGCAGGAAACACAGGGGGCAAUCCUGCCCCGGCAAUGACUUUCGAGGGCCACACGGGGAACGUCACCUCGCUAGCGUUCCAGACCGACAACCGCUGGAUGGUAUCCUCGCUGGAGGACGGCACCGUGAAAGUAUGGGACGUGCGGUCGCCGUCCGUGCAGCGGGAUUACAAGCACUUCUGCCCCGUGAACGAGGUGGUGAUCCACCCGAACCAAGGCGAGCUAAUCAGCUGCGACCACGACGGCAACAUCCGCAUCUGGGACUUGGGCGAGAACCAGUGCACGCACCACUUGAUCCCGGAGGACGACGUGCCCAUCAACUCCUUGUCCGUGGCCAGUGACGGCAGCAUGCUCGUGGCGGGCAACAACAAGGGCAACUGCUAUGUGUGGGAGAUGCAGAACAAAAAAGACGUGACCUCGUUGAUGCCAGCGACCAAAUUCCGGUCGCACCUGAAGUACAUCACGCGGGUAGUAUUGCUGACGGACAUGAAGCACUUGGCCACGUGCUCGGCCGACCACACGGCACGCAUCUGGCUGACCAAGGACAACUUUGCCUUGGAGACCACGUUGCAGGGCCACCAGAGGUGGGUCUGGGACUGCACGUUCAGUGCCGACAGUGCCUACUUGGUCACUGCCUGCUCAGACCACUACGUGAGGCUCUGGGACUUGUCCAAUAGUGACACGGUGAGACAUUACAAUGGCCACCAUAAGGGGGCGCUUUGCGUGGCGUUGAACGAUGUGUAG